CUCGUUUCGUGUGUCGCCAUUUUGUUGGUUCGUGAUAUUAUUGAGUUUGAAAAAGAAGUUUCUGUAUUUAAUUGGACCUCGCGUUGUAUGCGUGUCGUCUAAAAUGUCUAAAAGACGAAUCGAAGUCAUGGACCCUUUCAUUAAGAAGAAAAGAGAGGAGAAGGCAGCUGCGGCUGCUGCUAAAGGGGAGAAGGGGGAGAGUUCGGACAGUGCGGCUACGCUGGGCUCGGCCAUGCCGCCGACUGCUACCAGCACGCCAGGAGUUAAUCCUCUCACAGGUCUCCCCCACUCUCAGCGCUACCACGAGCUCCUGCGUCGCCGUCUCGGCCUCCCCGUCUGGGAGUACAAGAACGACUUCAUGAGACUCCUCAACACGCACCAGUGCGUCGUGCUCGUCGGCGAAACUGGCUCCGGCAAGACCACGCAAAUCCCACAGUGGAGCGUUGAGUUUGCUGCUGUCACCGCUGGCAAGUCCAAAGGAGUCGCUUGCACACAACCUAGAAGGGUAGCCGCUAUGUCUGUAGCUCAGCGAGUCGCUGAAGAAAUGGAUGUAGUACUUGGACAGCAGGUUGGUUACAGCAUCCGUUUUGAAGACUGCUCCGGGCCACAUACAUUACUCAAAUACAUGACAGACGGUAUGUUACUGAGAGAAGCCAUGUCAGAUCCUAUGUUGGAUCAAUAUAGAGUCAUUCUCCUUGACGAAGCUCACGAAAGAACUCUAGCUACUGAUAUUUUGAUGGGUGUAUUAAAGGAGGUGAUCAAGCAGCGCCCAGAUUUGAAGCUAGUUAUUAUGUCUGCCACGCUAGAUGCUGGUAAAUUCCAGCAGUACUUCGAUAAUGCUCCGCUGAUGAAUGUACCUGGUCGUACUCAUCCGGUAGAGAUAUUCUACACACCGCAGCCUGAACGAGACUAUCUAGAAGCAGCCAUUCGUACUGUAGUCCAAAUUCAUAUAUGUGAAGAGAUCGCUGGUGAUAUACUUCUCUUUCUGACUGGUCAAGAAGAAAUUGAAGACGCUUGUAAGCGGAUCAAGAGAGAAAUAGACAAUUUAGGACCUGAUGCUGGAGAGCUAAAGUGUAUACCGUUAUAUUCAACUUUGCCACCGAAUCUCCAACAGAGGAUUUUCGAACCAGCGCCUCCGAACAGGUCAAACGGGGCGAUAGGAAGAAAGGUGGUGGUGUCGACUAAUAUUGCUGAGACUUCGCUGACCAUUGACGGAGUGGUGUUUGUGAUUGACCCUGGAUUUGCGAAACAGAAGGUGUACAAUCCUCGUAUCAGAGUGGAGUCGCUUUUGGUGUCUCCAAUUAGUAAGGCAUCAGCCCAGCAGCGCGCAGGUCGCGCCGGGCGCACCCGUCCUGGCAAGUGCUUCCGUCUGUACACCGAGAAGGCCUACAAGAAUGAGAUGCAGGACAAUACUUACCCGGAGAUCUUGAGAUCGAACUUAGGAUCUGUAGUUUUGCAGUUGAAGAAGCUGGGAAUAGACGACCUGGUGCAUUUUGACUUCAUGGACCCCCCCGCCCCGGAGACACUUAUGAGGGCACUGGAACUGCUCAACUAUUUGGCGGCCUUGGAUGAUGACGGCAACCUGACAGAUCUCGGUGCUGUGAUGGCAGAAUUCCCGCUUGACCCUCAACUGGCCAAGAUGUUGAUUGCUAGCUGCAAUCAUAACUGCUCCAAUGAGAUCCUGUCCAUUACAGCCAUGCUGUCUGUGCCCCAAUGCUUCGUCCGACCGAACGAGGCCCGAAAAGCGGCUGACGAGGCGAAAAUGCGCUUCGCUCACAUCGACGGCGACCAUCUCACGCUUCUCAACGUGUACCACGCUUUCAAACAGAACAUGGAAGACCCCCACUGGUGCUAUGACAACUUCAUCAACUACCGAUCACUGAAGUCCGGAGACAACGUUCGCCAGCAGCUAUCUAGGAUCAUGGACAGGUUUAACUUGAAGAGGACAAGCACAGAGUUCACAAGCAAAGACUACUACAUUAAUAUUAGAAAAGCACUCGUCAAUGGAUUCUUCAUGCAGGUCGCCCAUUUAGAGCGCACAGGGCACUAUCUCACCGUCAAAGACAACCAGAUAGUCCAGCUGCACCCCUCCACGUGCCUCGACCACAAGCCCGACUGGGUCAUCUACAACGAGUUUGUGCUCACCACCAAGAACUACAUCAGAACGGUCACUGAUAUCAAACCGGAAUGGCUCCUAAAAAUAGCACCACAGUACUACGAGCUAAACAAUUUCCCCGUCUGCGAAGCCCGAAGACAACUCGAGCUGCUCCAAGCCCGAUUGGAUUCUAAACCGUACCAGGAAGGAUUCUAAGCUAGACCUAGUUGUAAUCUACUUUAACACCGACACCGCGAGUGGCUACAUGCCUUGAUAACAGUUUUUAAGUUUAAUUCUGAGAAUUUAUUGAUUUAGUGCUUGAAAACAGCACUAUUAUUACGUCAUAUAUGUUCAAAACUUCAUCAUGAGGGUUCCUUGCGUUGUUCCGGCAUUUGCCACGGCUCAUGGGAGCCUGGGGUCUUGUCAACUAAUCUCAAGAUUUGACGUAGGCACUAGUUAUUACGAAAGCAACUGCCAUCUGACCUUCCAACCUGAAGGCCUUAUUGGGAUUAAUCCGGUUUCCUCAUGAUGUCCAAAAGUUGUUGUUUGGUAGAUUUUUGGAAUUAAAUUCCAAAAUAAGUUACACACUGAAGUUUAUUGACAGAACAUUGUCUAUGAAAUAUUUUGUCUUAGUUUAUGCAUAAACCACCAAGGAUGUAAUAUUGUCAAUAAUUAAAUUUUGUGAAAUAAAUUAUACAAAAUAAUGUUGUGUUGAAAAUAGAAUUGUAAUAUUGGUUAAAAUACAUUUGUCAUGUAUUCGUCUCAUAUUUAUGUAAAUUUCGUUCUGAUUAGAUAUUAUUUUUAAUUCGUAAAUUUUCUUAUUUUAAAAUGGCAA